AUGGGAUACUACGAUAUAGAUGAUAUAUUGGCCGAGAAUACGAAGUUUGCAUGCAGCUUCAACUAUGAGAUUCCUGGUUUAGGCUAUUUAGAGGGUAGUAAUGGUAAACCAAUUCAUAAAAAUGCCAAGGUAGAGCUUCCGUUCUGGUUGGGGAACGUGCUUGCAAUAGUUCCAGGGGACCAUGAGCAUGAGGAUGAGGAGCCUCAGCCGUUUGUGCAACUACUUGCCCCCGAGAUAUUCUCCAAUAGGGUGAUCAACGCUAUUAAGGCAAAUCCUCGUGGACUGGACAUUCAUUCCAUAAAUGGGCAUUUUUAUGCUCUGGCAGUGAAAUGGGCUACUUUAUUCUCUGAUGCUGAGCUAGUGCAGGUUUUAAGUGAUAUGAUCUUGGAGAGGGCACAGGAGAUCAAUAGCCAUGCUAGUAGUGUAUCAUUGGACCCAGAUUUAAUGUUAUCAGACACUACUGCAAGAUUUCAGUUAACUCUAGAUGAGUUUGAAAAGAAUCUCUACAGAGUUACGCAUGAUUCGUAUAAGCGAGCCAAGCUAUGGCUGACGAAGAAGUAA